GGCCCACAGGGGGGCCACCCGAGACACCGACGGCCCUCCUGAUCCUCCUCGUCGCCAUUGUGGCUGAAGCCGCCCGGGCUCUGGCCUGGCGCACCUCCCCUACCAUCCGAAUGCUGUCCGUCAGUGCCCUCCCCGCCCACGGCGGGUAGCCGGCGCUGCUCCGCAGGGGACGGAUGGCGCGCGGGGCGCGGCGCGCGCCCGCAGCCCUCCUGUCGCUGGGUCCCGUGCUCUCGUGGGCCCCCGGCUGCACGGCGCUGACGGUCGCAGCGGUGUUGCAAGCUGGGUCGCCCCCCGCGGGGCCGGCGAGGCACGCAGAGGCCAGGACCGUGUCGGCGCUCGUCUUCGACCAGGGCGAGUGCAGUGUGUGCGCCUUUCACGGAAGGGCCGCGCCGCGCCUGUUCAUCGGCGGGAGAGACGACGGCCUCGGCAACAACGUUGCGGCCAUCAUCUACGGGAUGGCCUUCGCGAGGAAGACCGGAAUGAGCUUCGGUGGCGUGAUCGGCGGCGGCAACGUGGCCCACGGGUUGAAGGUCGGACGGAUCGUUUCCGAUGUGUUCGGCCUGCAGAAGGACCACCUGUACAAGAAAAUCAUCCCCAUGCCAGCCGUCAAGGUCAAGAACCUUACUCAGCUCGAGGAUUUGCGGUUCAACCAGAACGUGAGCGGCGACGUGUGGCUGGCGACCAGCCUGCCCCAGGGCGGCAUUGAGGCCCCGCGCACGGUCGACGACUUCCUGGACGACGAGUUCCUCCAGGCCCUGCGGGCGCAGCUGCUGCCGCGGCUCGCCAAUCAGAAGCCGAUCGCGGCGAUCCGCCACGGGAGGGGCCCCGUGGUGGCCAUGCACGUGCGGCGCGGCGACGUGUCUGCUGUGAGCUACCCAGACCGCUAUACCAAGAACGAAUUCUACUACGAAUUGGCGGGCCGCAUCCGCGCGCAGUUGCCGGGGGCGGAGGUGCACGUGUGGAGCGAGACGGGGAGGAGCUCGGUGCCCAGGAGCUUCGACGGCUUCCGCGACCGGAACAUCACCGUCCACCUGGACACGGACGUCCUCCAGGCGUGGUCACACAUGGCCCAGGCGCAGGUGCUCGUGAUGGCGAAGAGUAGCUUCAGCUUCAUCUCGGCCAUCAUGAACCGUGGCUGCGUCGUGUGUCAGCCCUGGCUCACGCGGCCCCUCAAGAGCUUCACCGUCACUGCGUUGCACGACCGCACCAUGCCCACCAUCGCCGACGAGGAGCUCUCGGCCUGCCUCGCCAGGGCCGAGCCCCGCAUCGCCUGAGGCCUGGGGCGCCGCGUCGAGGGGGUGCGGCUUCCUCCCGGUCGCACUGGUCGCCCUCCGUGCUGCCUCACGCGUCACAAUAGUCUGCCAUGUGAGCUAGCUGAAACGCAAAGCGAGUAAUCCGUCCCGCGUAGUGCUGUCCUUUUGCGUGUUGGACCUGCACCACCAUCUUCUGUCAAGAAACUCCCUCCCGUCAAGCUGGAUCUCGAAAUUCCUUGAAUUUCGAAGCUGGAAUUCAAGCUGGCCCC